CAUAACAGGUCAACAGUGAGCAGGAGAGACAGCAGCAGGAGAAGCUAAUGCUGUAAACAAAUAAUCCGCGGUUUGUCUUUGGGAACUCGGAAAUGAGUGAAACCAGCUCCACAGUGUUCCUUGGCUACAGGUCAGUAAACGUGGCUGUCCAGCUGUGACCGCUGAGCAGAGGAGUGUCACAGUGAACGUGGCCAUGUAUCCCUUCAACAGUGAGGCUGAGACCUCACUUAAGGAUCUGUUUGACUAUUUCAAGAGGUGCCUGCAGCAUGGAGAGUGGGAGCUGGCCAGCGCCUGUGUGCCACAGCUGGUCAACUCCACUCUGUCAGAAAACCUUCAAGACAUUAUCAAAGCUAUCGUCUGCCAUCCUUACAAAUUAAAAUGGGAGUCCAAGGGCAGUCCUCACAAACUGGCUUGGUUUUGGCUCCAGGUUUUGGAGAAAUGGACAGAAGAGAAGGUUCCUCCCAGCGUCAGGAGAGAGUUGGAGUUCCUACUGCUCCUGGAAGAACUGGGUUCAGAGGGCAUAACAGAGACUGUUCUUAAGGAAUUGCACCUUUCCUUUCUGAACACUCAGCCGGACCAAACAACUGCAAAUGCUGCUGUCGAGUCCUGCCUUCGAACCUUACUGGAGAAGAAGAAGCCCAGACUGGCUCAGUGUUUAGCGCUGUUCUUACAGGACGGGUCAUCCACAGAGGACCGUACUCUACAGCACACGUUUGUCCAACACCUGCUGAAGAAGCUGAGAAAGCCAGAGCGUAAGCCAGAGAAGGUGGAGCAGUGGGUGGAGGAGAUUUAUGCAGUUUUGGCGGUGAUGCCGUGGAGCUCUCACAGAAGCGGCGAGCAGUUUGAGGCGCUGUGUGAAGAGCUGUGGGCAGCCAGAGACGGCCCACUGAAAGAGGAGAGGGUUCUGAGCUCGCUGCUUCGUCCUCAGUGUGAUGCUCUGGUCUCUCUGUACUGCUCCACCGCUCUGAGGCUGCAGAGGGAUCAUCUACUGAGGAGCACGCCCGACACACAAGUGGAACUUUCCGAGGCAGAGAAGCUGUCUCUAAGUUUAUGUUGCCACAAAGAUCGUGCAUCUGUUUGGAAGACCAUCUAUUUUGAGUGCCUUAGUAGUGGGAAGCACUUCCUGGAGCAGGUUCUGGUCACAGCACUUGACCUGAUUAAACACGAGGAGUUCUCUCAGCUGAGGGAUUUGCUGCGGCUGGAGUUCCGGCCACUGUCUCGUCUGCUGCUGCUACUCGGCUGGACUCAGUGUCGCAGUCUGAGCUCGGCUCAGCAGCUGCUCACUGUCCUUCACCAUGAGCAGGCACCAGCCAGUGACACUGUUCUGCAGGAGUUUGCCAAUAUUUUGUCCUCUCAGCUCAGGAUACUUGAAUGGUGUAAAAACAACAACCCCGAUAUUUCCAUGGAGUCGCUGUUGAUGCAGCUUCACACUCUGGACCAUCAUUCAGCUCUUUAUGUUCUGCACUCACUGACUCCUUUGCCCCAGUUCGAAGAGCGCAGGAUACUGGAUCUGCUCCAGCAACUGCCACAUAAAGCAGAAACAGAAGACACUGAGGCCAUCAGUAUUCUCAGUCCUGGAGUGCAGAGGAACGUAGUUUUGUUUCAGGGUUUCUGUGCCAUGAAAUAUGCCAUCUAUGCUCUUUGUGUAAAUGCACAUAAAUACUCAAAUUGCACUAGCUGUGAGUCCAUUCAGCAGCAGCAACAGCACCAGCUCUCUGAAACAGAAGCAGACCAAAAUCAAACCACAGCUUCUGCAGCAGGUUGCCAUUUGCAGUUCCAGCACUACCUGUCUGAGUGUCAGCUCUACCUGGAGGCCGUGCCAGCCAUGUUCCGCCUGGAGCUCCUGGAGAACAUCUUCUCCCUCCUCUUUCUCUCCACCACUGACUUUACACAGCAGAGUCAAAGAGACACAAACUCCACUCCAAACACAGGAAAUAUAAAUCAAGACUGUUCAUCUGAUACAAAAAACACAAAUGUAGAAUCAGGAGCCAAAAUCACAACAGAGGAGACUGAUCAUGGCAUCAAAGAGAAUCAGAAGUUGCGUGCAGGUUCACCGACGGCAUCACACCAUGGCCACCUGGACCUCGGACACUUCAUCCAGGGCUGCAGGGGGUUUUUGGUCGAUGUCACGGCCAUGGAAGGUUUUCUGAAGCUGCUGAAAGAAGGACUGGAGGGCAUGUGUGUGGUGGGUCAGCAGGAGGGGCAGGAGUGGGGAAGAGCACUGCUUCGAGAGGCCGAGGUGGUGGAGAACCUCGGCUGCUCAGUGACGGCUGAGACGUUUGGAACUCGUCUGCAGGGUUUGUCCAAACGCACCGCAGAGGCUCAGUGGAGGCUGCAGAUCAUCACCAGCAACCAGGGCAGUGAAAGUGUUCCAGAAAGCCCUCUCUACAUGUCGGCCGGCAGCUGUGUCGCUUCCACUUCUUCGGGACGCAGUAAGAGCUCAAGUCUGAGGAGGAGGAGAAGAGCAGGGAGGCAGCUUACAGAGAGACAAACGUCCAUCGAGAAACGCAAUGACGUCAGCACGAGUGCCUCAGAUGGUGGAGGAGGGCCAGCUACAGGUUGUGUGGAACUGGAGGUUUGUCCUUGUGGAGGCCCUCACAGCUGGUUGGUCCCUGCCAUGUUGUCCCCCCCAGAGUCUCUGCUCAUGUCCUGCAUCCGCCGAGGAAACUUCAUGGAGGCUCGUCAGGUGUCCCUUGUGUUUGAUCUGGCGACAUCUCCAUACUGUGGUGAGCUUGUGUUUAUGGAACGCUACAAAGAAGUUCUGGUGGAGUUGGGCCAGGUGGAGCAGAAGAUGGAGAGUCAGUCUAUGUCUUCGUCAUCGUCUUCCUCAGAAGGCUUGGGCUCAGCCACUGUUUCAGGCACUGGGAGGGUUAGGCUGGGCAGUAGUGGACGGUCAACGCUGCAGGCCAUCGGAAGUGCUGCUGCUGCAGGUGUGGCUUUCUACUCCAUUUCGGACAUAGCGGACCGUCUCCUCAGCACCUCUGCUCACCCGAUGCCCUCCCUGGAGGAAGGCUACUGGCUGAGCUGCUGCUCUUCAGACCCCUCUGGUCUUCUCUUCAAUCUGCUGGAGGAGCUCAGUCCAGCAGCCAUGGCUGCCUUUGACCUGGCCUGCUGCCACUGUCAGCUUUGGAAGACGUCCCGGCAGCUGCUGGACACAGCAGAGCGGAGACUCCACAACAGCCUUGAGACUCGAGGAGUACGAGUCGACCCCAAAGUUCCUCACUCUGAGGGGAUCUGUGGUUUUCCCAUGGUAUUGCAACAGAUCAGCAAGAUCCUGAAUCAUUUUGCUACUAACAAAGGCUCUGUUAAAACAGAAGCUGUUAUGGAGGACCAAGUAUUUGCCAGCCCAUUUGGUUGCUGUAUUCACGAAGUGCUCCUCUGUUGUCACCCGUCACUGACCGAGGAGAGCAUCGCUGCUCGGCUCAGUCUGGCUCAGCGCUUGGAGACCACACUGCAGGUCCUGAGUUCUGCUACAGAAGGCACAGAAGGCAGGAUUGGCAGCUCUCUCCUGGCGCUGUUAGUCGAGCAGGCCAACCUGAAGCAGUCAGAGCUGGAUGCUCACCCCGUGCGCACCAACAUGAAGCAGCUGCUUCGUUCUCUGGACCAGCUCUGCCCCUUUGAGCCAGACGGAGACCUCGCAAGACCAGAUUAUGUUCGUAGUUUCCUCGACUACAUCAACACACUGGCAUCUGUGCUGGUGCGCAGCCUGGCUUCAGAAGAUCAUAACAGUGAAGUGAAGCUUGGGAAUCCCCUGCUUGUGUUGCUCCAAACUCCAUUUCAGCUUCUUUCCCACCUGCUCUUUGACAGACAGGUGUCUCCUGACAGAGUGUUGUCCUUGCUGCAGCAGGAAAGUCUGCGACUGAGUGUCCAGCAGGUGAUUGUCCAGCGAUGCUGUGAGUCUUUGCCCUUGUGGUUCUCCUGUCCAAGUACUGAAAUAGACUCCAACCAGGCCAAAAAAGAUGAUGGGGUUUUCAGUGUUGCCAGCUUGUCCUCACUACUCCAACAUCAUGCUCAGGAGCACAUGUCAACUCUGGGAAUCACAGAAACGGUCUCAGGCACUCAGUCUGAUGCGAGUUCGGAUUCUGAGGCAUCGGUUGAAGAUCACUCUGCUACAACCACCACCCUAUCCACCUCUCCACCUUCUCAUUCAUCCUCCUCUUCCCCAAACUCUUUCCUCCUCACACCAUCAGCUCUGUCAUUUCUUAAGUCCCGUUCCCCUUUACUGGCCACGCUGGUGUGUCUGAGUGCAUGUAAAGGAGAAACUGCUCGGACACAAUCCUCUGGAUGGUCAGGGUAUUUUCGUAGUGGACGUAAAGAGGUUGUCUUGGACGGCGAGCAGAUUUCUCGUGAGGCUGAUAACCUCUUGAAAGGUUUUCCUAUUCUCUGGUCCUACCUUAACACCAUGGCUGAACCAGUGCUGGACACGCCGUUGGCUGAGGGUGAGGGAGGCUCUACUGGACUUGGGGCAGUUCUUUGUGGGAAACCUCUGGUCGCUCUCCUGCUGUCUGGACCACAGGACGAAGUUGCCCAGUCUGUGGCUGCUGAGGCCUUCCAGAAGGCACUUUCCUCCAGAGACCUGGCCCGAGCACUCAACCUGCUGGAGCUGUAUGGACAAGGCUCCAGCCAGGAGGGGGCGCUAAGAGACCAGCUACUUGCCUAUGCUGCUUUGGAAGAUGGGGCUGAAGGUUCUGGUCAGCUGUUCCGCGUACAGGAUGCAAACCUGCGAGGUCGCGUUGCCCUUCAGGCUCUGGAGCGAUGGCCUCUGUCAUCCAGCCUGGAACUGCUCGACUUCUGCCUCAAUGACCCAACCAUGGAGACCUCACUGAGGAAAGACCUGGAGCUCAAGAAGAAAGAACUGGAUAUCUAUCGCUGGAUGUUGAAUUUAAAGCCUCCAUUGCCCUGGGCAACUUGGCAGGAGAUGAGAACCGAGUCUAAGACGAACUCUGAGUCCAUGUUUUCCAUGAUGCUGGAGGCAAAAGAGUUUGCUCUUUGUGCACAGUGGGUGGAGCUGUAUCCUGUAUCUGAGCAGCUGAAACUGCAGCUAAAGACGGAGCAUUUGCUCAAUCUGCUAGACAAAGGACAGACAGAUGAGGCUUUUCAGUUACUGGAGGGCCUCUCUGAUUUUGCGGUGGGCCUGGACAUUUGCGAGCGCGCUCUGGACCGCUGCCCCGGACUGGCCGCCUGUCACUUCCUGUCUGACUACCUCACGCUGCAUUUUCAGAGGCAGGUGUCUCCUGCACGCCGGCGUCACAUCCACGCUCUUCAUCUGGGCUCUAAGGUGUUGCUGACUCUACCCUCGGCAGCCAGGCAGGAUUAUUUCCCCCUGCUGUCUGAGCCUCUGCUGAUGCUUGAGCAGCUGCUGAUGAAUCUGAAGGUGGACUGGGCGGACAUGGCGGUGCAAACCCUGCGCAACCUCCUGGUCGGUCAGGAGGCCGGAUUUGGUGCCGAGGACAUCAAUAAGCUUCUGGCAGACUAUGGCUGCAGGGCCCUGGAUUUCUCCUGUGCACCCAGAGAACGGACCAGAUCCGACUCUGUCAUCAGCCUCCAGGACGCUCUGAUGCAGUGUCCUGUUCAAGACAACUGCUCCCUUUCAUCCAGUCGAAUCGAUUCUCAAUCACCCUCAGCAAGCAGCACCCCGACUCACACGCCCUCCUCAAACGUCACAGACCGAGAGAGGGAUCGAACCUCAGCAGGGAGAAAGCGCCGCUCACCUGCCAAGUUUCAGCCUCCAGAUCAACCGCCAGCUCAAAAAGACUGGGUCCCCGACACCAAGCAGCAUGUGUGCAUGGUCUGCCAGCGCGAGAGGUUCACCAUGUUUAACAGGAGGCAUCAUUGUCGGAGAUGUGGUCGUCUGGUGUGUCAAGCUUGUUCUGAGCAUAAGAUGCCUGUAGACGGAUGUCCAGGAGAGGAAGUCAGAGUCUGUGACCAGUGUUACACCUACUUUCACCCAGAUUCUGACGAUGAGCUGGAACCAGCUGAAGUGGCUGGUAGUCCUUUGGUGACGGAGGAAGCUUUAGAUGAUAUGCUGCAUCUGCCUGAAGUGGUCCACCAACAGUUCCAACUCGGCACAAACCCUGCAGAGAAUCAGUUGCUCCGGAGCGAGUUCUACUAUGAACAGGCUCCCAGUGCCUACCUCUGUGCGGCCAUUUUGUCUCUGCACAGCGACCAAACAGCGUGCGGACAUCAGCUCAUCCUCCACUGCCGCUCUCUGUCUCGUAAGCUGACCAACCCGGAAGUGGACGCGUGCCUCCUCACUGAUGUCAUGCGGCAGCUGCUCUUCAGUGCCAAGCUGAUGUUUGUCAAGGUCGGACGCAACCAGGACCUGGCUUUGUGCGACAGUUACAUCAGUAAAGUAGAUGUACUUAAGAUUCUCGUGACAGCCAAUUACAAAUACAUUCCUUCUCUGGACGACAUUCUGGAGAUUUCUGCUGUCACACGUCUCCGUAAUCAGCUGCUGGAGGCCGAGUACUACCAGCUGGCAGUGGAGGUGUCAACCAAGAGUGGACUUGACCCAGGUGGCGUGUGGCAAGCGUGGGCGAUGGCUUCUCUGAAGGGAGGAAACCUUUUUGGGGCAAGGGAGAAGUUUUCCCGCUGCCUCAAAGCUCCAAUGGACCGCAACCAGCUCAACCUGGGUUCCUUACUGCUGCAAGAGAUUGUCCAGCACCUGGAGACCAUAGUACGACCCACUGUGUCCACGUCUUUCGGUGAGGACGUCUUGGCCUCCCUGCGGGAACUGGAGGAGGUGGUGAAUGACACGGUUACUGUCGAGAAGCCAGAGGCCCAAACGCAGAGAGGCGACCUCAACCAGGAGUGUCUGUACUACCUGAACACAUACGGCACUCACCUGGCACUGAUUGGCUUCUACAUGCGCCACGACUGCAUGACUGAGGCCGUCACGUACCUGCUCAACAGGGAUUGCCCAGAGGAGGUGUUUUUAGAUGGUGUGUUGCAGCCCAGUCUGGAGCGGGGGAGACUUGGAACACUGCAGGGGAUACUAGAAAAACUGGACCCCAGCCUGGAAACAUGCAGCCGCUACCUCCUCGCCGCCUGCCAGUUCCUGCAGCGACGAGGAUACUUUAACACUCUCUACCAGCUCCAACAGUUCAUGAUGGACCAUGUACGUGCAGCCAUGACCUGUAUCCGCUUCUUCACACUUGGAGCCAGUUCGUAUUUACAGCUGGGAGAACAACAGCGUUGGUUGGUCAGAGCCAAAGAGCAUCUGAGGACAUACCUUCAGGAGCAGCAAGGUCGUAGCGCUGGGAGGAAAAAACCUCAGGUCAACUCAUUCAGGAAGAUGAUGUCGUCCAGUGAUGUGUCCAGGCACAUGAACACGAUCGAGCUCCAGCUGGAGGUGACCCGCUUCCUGCAUCGCUGUGAGACUGCAGCCUCCUCUAACGCUCCACAGACCAGAACACCUUCCUCCAAGACCUCAAGGUCCAAUUCACCUCCUACUCUGUUUGGGGGAAGUCCCGUGAAGGUCGAGGUGGCCUGUAAGGUGAUGCUCGGAGGAAAAAACAUAGAAGAAGGGUUUGGUAUUGCAUACAGAGUCAUACAGGACUUCCAGCUGGAGGCCCAGGCCGUGUACACGCGGGCCGGUCAGAGGCUGGUCAGACAGAGGCAGUAUGGAGCCGUGCGACAGCUGCUCAAAUGUGUCAGCGAAUCGGGCACGGCCACCAAAAACGACUGCGACGCCCUCAUCCUCAGCUGUGUCUCUGUCGCGGAUAAGGCGCCCUCUGAUGCAAAAGAGCUGGAAAGUCUCAUUCUGGAAACCAAGAGCACAGAUAGCAAGAUCAAAGCCUACCUGAUGUGUGGGAAACUGCGGCCCGCGUACCUGCUCGCGGUCAAGCUGGAGCCCAGCCGCGCGGGCCCGUUGGUCCAGGACGUCCUCCAGGCCGCCGAGGGAGCACAGGACUCAGUGAUGCAGAACAUCUGUCGCCAGUGGCUGUCCGAACAUCACAGCAAGUCGUCUCAGCAGCGCCAGGGCCGACCCAGCGCCAGGUAAAGGCACAGCCCGCGCAGCAGGGGAACAGGGGAAGACACGGAGCACUUACAGAUCACCUGCAAAUGAAGUGCCAUGGUUUUCUGUUGUAGAAAAAGAAGCAUCUAACAUGUGCUGGGGAUAUCAAAAUCACAACCUCGAGUAUCCACCGAUAACGAUAUCAGUCCAACUCAGUUGUUUAUAUCUUUUAAACUACUGAGCUAUUAAAAACACAUCUGCGCUGGUAAAUUUAGCCCCUACUGUUACCAUUCAAGCUUUUAUUGGGAAAUUUGCAUUCUAUCAGAUUACAAGUUUAGCGUUUUGCGAUAUCCAUUAUAUCUGUUAUAUUGCAUAUUCGUAUUUUGACCGGUAUUGGACCGAUACGGAUUCUGAACAUCGUGGAAAAUGUCUAUGAUUUUAAAACAUAUACAUAUAUAUGUAUGUAUGUAUGUAUAUAUGUAUAUACAUAUAUAU